AUGGGCAAACUGCUGCUGGUGUCGGGCCUGGCCCUCCUUCUGCAGAUGCAGAUGGGAUCUUCCUACAUUCUGUCUUGCUACUUCACCAACUGGGCGCAGUACAGACCCCCGCCCACAGUGUACAUGCCUCAGAACAUCGACCCCUGUCUGUGCACACACCUGCUUUACGCCUUCGCCACCAUGAAGAACAACCAGAUCACCACCUUCGAAUGGAACGACAUCACCCUGUAUGGCGAGUUCAACGCCCUCAAGAACCAGAACGGGAACCUGAAGACUCUUCUGUCUGUCGGUGGAUGGAAUUUUGGUUCUUCUGGAUUCAGUGCCAUGGUGGCCACAUCAGGGACCCGGAAGAUCUUCAUCGACUCUGUGAUCGAAUUCCUCAGGAAGUAUGAGUUUGACGGUCUGGAUAUCGACUGGGAGUACCCUGCCAACAGGGGGAGCCCUCCCCAGGAUCAGCAGCUCUUCUCUGUCCUCCUUGAGGAAAUGCGUGCAGCCUUUGAGAACGAGGCCAAGCAGACCAGCAGGGCGAGGCUUCUGCUCUCCGCGGCUGUGUCUGCGGGCGUAGGAACCAUCCAGUCCGCCUACGAGAUCCCCACGGUCGGACAGGCUCUGGAUAUGAUCAACGUCAUGACCUAUGACAUGCACGGCUCCUGGGAGCCCUUCACCGGAGAGAACAGCCCUCUCUACAAGAGCCCAGCUGACCAGGGCGGAGACGUUUACUUCAGCAUUAACUAUGCAUUGAACUACUGGAAAGACAACGGUGCCCCGGCCGAGAAGCUGCUGAUUGGCUUCCCUGCCUACGGGCAGACCUUCACCCUGAGGAACCCUUCCGAUAACGGGGUGGGCGCCCCCAUCUCUGGCCCUGGCCCUGCUGGAAAAUACACCCAGGAAGCCGGCUCCUUGGCAUACUUUGAGAUCUGUGACUUUUUGGAAGGAGCGACAGUCGUGUGGAACGCGCCCCAGGAUGUCCCUUACGCUUACAAAGGAACGGAAUGGGUCGGCUACGACAACCAAAAGAGCUUUGAGAUCAAGGUUCAGUGGCUGAUGCAGAACAAGUUUGGAGGAGCUAUGGUGUGGACCAUCGACACUGAUGACUUCAGUGGAAACUUCUGCCAUCAGGGCAAAUACCCGCUGAUCAGCGUGCUGCACAAAGCCUUCGGGCUGGACCAAGCAAGCUGCAAACCCCCUGCAACUCCCCUGCCCCCAAUUAAGGGCCAAACAACCACAGGAGGAAGCCCUGUGGGCACCACUGCUGGGUCUGGAGGAGGCAGCCCCAGUGGAGGCACUGGUGGGGGAGACACCAGCUUCUGUGUGGGCAAAAGCAGCGGAUUGUACCCUGACCCCACCAACAAGAACGACUUCUACCAGUGCAACAACGGCAAUACCUACUUCCAGCACUGCGCUCAGGGGCUGGUCUUUGACACCAGCUGCUCCUGCUGCAGCUGGGCUUAG